AGAUUUUUUUUUCUUCUGAAACUACUAUAAUGAAAAUGUUGCACUCAGGCUCUGAAGAAAUUUUUUUAGAGAAAUAUACUAAUAGGUUUUCUUUUUUUAUCACCAACUGUGUCAGGCACUUAACUUACAUUAUCUCCAAUAUUCCCCAGUUUGAAAGAGAUUUUUUAAUUAAUUUGAAAAAUAUUUUAACAGUGGCGGCCUGUUGGGAUAAGAAUGCUGUCAUUCAACAGAUAUUUAUUAAGUGCCUGUGUAUGGUUUAACUUUGCCUGGUAAUCAAAGAAAUACAAAUUGAAAAUAUAAAAUAUCAUAUUCAAUGUCAAAUUGGCAAAAUUUUUUAUAUAUAAUAUAUUUAUGAAGAGAACAAACUAUUUUACAUUUAUGGUAAGUGUAAACUGACAAUCUUUGUAGGGUAUGGAUGGCCUUAAAAAUAACUAUAUCCUCUGACCAUUUCACUUCUAAAAAUUUGUACCAAAAAAUUACACAGACAUAUGCAAAGAUAUGGCUACAAUAAUUUUCCUCACAGGUUAUUUAUGAUAGCAAAAAAAAUGGUAGGCCAAAAAAAAAGAACUGUAGGCCAAUAAUGAAUGGUUAAAUACAUAUUGGUAUUUUGAUACAAUGAAAUACUAUAUAGCUAUUAAAAGUAAGUUACAGGAAAAAUAUUUAAUGGAAUAAAGACAUUCACUUUAUAAAACAUUAAAUGAAAGAUAUGUGUACUAUAUAAUCCAUUUCAGUUUAAAAAAGUCUAGACAGGCAUAGAAUAAAGACCCUGAAAUUCUAGUAGUGUUUAUUAUUUCUGAUGAUGAAUUUUCAGGUAAUUUAAAUUUUUUUCUCCUGUUUUUUUUUUUAAUUAAUUAAUUUAUUUAUUUAUUUUUGGCUGUGUUGGGUCUUUGUUGCACACGGGCUUUCUCUAGUUGGGGCGAGCAGGGGCCACUCUUCGUUGUGGUGCACAGGCUUCUCACUGCGGUGGCUUCUCUUGUUGCAGAGCCCGGUUCUAGGCACGCAGGCUUCAGUAGUUGUAGCAUGUGGGCUCAGUAGUUGUGGCUCGCGGGCUCUAGAGCACAGGCUCAGUAGUUGUGGCGCACGGGCUUAGUUGCUCCGCGGCAUGUGGGAUCUUCCCGGACAAGGGCUCGAACCCGUGUCCCCUGCAAUGGCAGGUGGAUUCUUAACCACUGCACCACCAGGGAAGUCCCUUUUUCUCCUUUUUUUCUUGUAUUUUUCUGCAUUUAGCAUGUAAUAAGAAAAAAAGCAGGUUUUUUAAAAGUGAAAAAAGAAAACUCAAAGUGGCAAGUAUAUGGGUAGAAAUUUGCAGAGGAUAGUGAGAGAGCUCGCUGAAGCAGCCCUAUCCCAGUUCAGGCCACGUGUGAGCAGAGGCUUUUUCAAGGAGGAGAAACUGGGCAGAGGCAUCACCUCAACCCCAUCAAAGAUGAUGACAUGCAGGGGAACAUGCAAGUGCUGGUACUCAUUAGGAAAUCGGUCAUAUUACUUAGUGCACCCUACAGUGUUUAUCCAAUCCCAUAAGAAUGCAGAAUAUUUCUAAAACAUAUGUAAUUGAUUUUCACUUUUCUUUGUAGUUCUCCAUCAUCCACUUAUUUAUUUUUUCUAACAAAUAUGGAUUCAAAUUCUUUCACAAUACUGUAUACAUCUUUCCUUUUUUGGGCAGCUGUGACUGCAUUAACAUUUAGCCCUUGACAUAAUUCACUUAUGUUAAUCCAGAGCUUCCAAAAGACAGAGAUGCUAUUUGACUCAUCAUGGUGCCCAGUAUGCAGUAGGCACUCAAUAAACACCAGUGUAAAGCAUUUCAUUGUAAGCUUCUAUUCUCAACUUUUUGUUUUAUUAGGGCCUUUUUCCUUGAUCAGAUAUACUAACACAUGACUUCAUAGUGCAAAAUUCCAAACAUAAGAAGAAAAUACAUUUUACUUUCCAAGGGAAGAACCUGAAAAACCUGUGAAUAGUCAACUUUCCUUCUUUGAAACCAUUUUAUACUGUCAUAUCAAUGCAAGUAGGUCUGGAAGGGUGAAACUAUCCUCACACCCAGAGCUAGGGAGGUAGAUGGAGCCUCCUCAAAAGACUUAAUAAGUCCCUCAGAAGCAGUGACAUCCAAGAUUCACUGAUUCUCUGAAGUUACAGCAGCAGCCAUUAUUAAGAUAUCUGUGGUUCAUAAUGAGCCCAUUUCUUAUAAAGUUUCAAAUGGUACAAUUUCCAGUGCCUGACACCUAGGGUUAAAUCUCUCGAGUAAUUAAAUUAUUAAAUGAACAAAUGCAAAUGGAAGACGGAUGAACAAAAAAAACCAUUAUUUUGCAUAAUGAUGUGAAAUACUAAUGUCACUGUGGUUUGAGACUUACAAAUUAAGGGUCAGUUAGGAAAAGAAAUCUAUUCUUUAGAAAUACAUUCAGAUCAAACUCAAAUACCUACUGAGGCAGGCAGGCAAUGCAGUGAAGUGGUAGCAGUUCCAGAGUAAGUGCAUGUGUGGACGUUACUGAGUGGAGGAGAGGGCGGCAUACUGAGGAGAGGGCGCCAUCUCAAGGGGGUGAGGCUGACUCAGCUCCAGCCUUUUGUUGCCAUGUGGGAAAGCAGGCCCAAUUUUGCUAGUUCUUCUGGUUUUUUAAGAGAAGCUUGAAGUCUAGAUUUUUAUUUGAAAACUCCAAAAUUCCAAAUGUUGGCUCAAAAUUUAAAGACAGACUGUGUCUAUAUGUUUUGAAUAUAUAUCUAGCCAGAGGGUCAUCAAUUUGAAACCUCUCAUUUUGACUUUAGUGUGUCUGAAAAUAUUUAACCUUAGGACAUGUGUAUGAGUGUUUGUGUGUCUGUGCAUGUGUUGUGUGUUUUUGCUAUAAUAAUUACCUGUUGGAAACUGAGAAGAACAAGGAGGUAAGUCACACUGUGCAGAGGGUUCGGAAGCACUGAGGUAAGCUAGGCACGACUGUAUGUAAAAUAGAUAACUAAUAAGGACCUACUGUAUAGUACAGGGAACUCUACUCAGUGCUCUGUAAUGGCCUAUAUGAGAAAAGGAUCUAAGAAAGAGCAGAUAUAUCUAUAUGUAUAACUGAUUCACUUUGCUGGACAGCAGAAACGAACACAACAUUGUAAAUCAACUAAACUCCAAUAAAAAUUAAUUUUAAAAAAAGUACUGGAGCAUGUAUCUUUAGGGGAGAGAUUGAUCAGUUAGAUGUGUCAAGCACAUUGAGUUAUUUCUGAAUUUGCAGGUAUUCUUCCUUUGUGAUUAGGCCUCUGUGUUUGCUAACUGACAUCCAUAUGGAAGUUAGGCUCCCAUCCUCCCACAGAGACUGGGAGAUACUGAUGCUCUUUCUCUUGAUGAUUACAUAUUAAAGGCUGGCUCCCAGGUCUUUGAGGAAGACAUUCCUUGGUUGUAAAACUGGCAAGAAGCUUUUUAAGGGCUUUACAUCUCAACGGGAGCAGAGAAAGAAUGUACAACCACAAGUUUUCUAAAGUAAACGCUCUAAGAAAAGGGAGGUCAGGGGUCCAGAGUCCAGAAGAAGCCUGUCUGAAGUUUUGUCCAUCUGGAGGGAACAUUAAGGCCAUCUUGGCCACAGAGUGAUGGUAGAUGUUGAUGCUUAGCAAGCUAUAUCGCAGUAAAUUGGAUGUUAAACAAAUGCAACUUCUAGCCAUUUCAGCCCUAGCUUAACGUCCCCCCCUCCUUUCCCUUACAUCCUCUCCACUGUGUGGUGUACCAGGAAACCAUGAUAUGCCAGUAGUAGUGCUAUGUAAGAGUUCUGUCCAUUCAAGAACUUGGAGGAGAAAUCUGUUCUGUCCCUGUAUUCCUUCCAGGGAAUCUACCUGCUUAUAACUGUACCAGUACCAUGUGCUUUCACCAGCCGUGCAGCCCUGGGAGCCUUGGUCUUUUCAUGUCUAAAUGGGCAUGAUAAAUACAUACUGCACAGCAUUUAUAUGAGCAGUAAAUUUGAUCUGUAUGACAGUCAACAUGGUGCCUGGCAUAUAGUAACAGUUCUCAUUUGUGUUAUUAGUCUCAUAUAAUGAUGAACAUUCUAUGACACAAAUAUCAAUAAAAUACACAGAGAGGUGAAAGAAAAGUUAAAAGAAUCAUGACUGAAAUCAAACAAAACAGAGCAGAAGAAACUAUCAGGGAGGUAGUAACUGCUUCCAAAGUGCCAUGCCCUACCCUCCACAAUUCCACACUCUUUUCUGCCCAGUUUUCCUUAGUCUUGUUCCUUCAAACUUAAAUAUUUCCCCAUAUAGACCUCAAAUCGUCAUGUUAUUUAGCCCAAGGAUAUAAUGCAGUUUUUAAAAUCAUAAUCUUUGGGCUUCCCUGGUGGCGUGGUUAAGAAUCUGCCUGCCAGUGCAGGGGACACGGGUUUGAUCCCUGGCCCGGGAAGAUCCCACAUGCCACAGAGCAACUAAGCCCGUGUGCCACAACUACUGAGCCUGCACUCUAGAGCCCGCGUGCCACAACUACUGAAGCCUGUGCACCACAACUACUGAAGCCCAUGCACCUAGAACCUGUGCUCUGCAACAAGAGAAGCCACUGCAGUGAGAAGCCCGCGCACCACAACGAAGAGUAGCCCCCGCUCACCGCAACUAGAGAAAGCCUGCGCACAACAAUGAAGACCCAGCACAGCCAAAAAUAAAAACAAAUAAAAAAUAAAUAAAUAAAAUCAUAAUCUUUGUGUAUUUCCUUUCAUGCAUUUAUCACUUGUAGCAUCUUACCCAAUACUAUUUACUCUCUGAGGGCCCACGUGAGAGCAAACUGACUCUUCAGGAAGUUCUUUGCAAAUUCUCCCCACAAAAUGUUUUUCUUUGUUUGUAUCUUGGUAUCAAUUCUAAAAAGUUUUCAAGAUUUGGACUCUGGUAUUAUAACUGUGCUCAGAGUAUCCACACAGACGUGUUCUGCUUCAUCAUCCAAUGAACUCUGCCUGUUAGUGGAUGUGGCACUCCAGUGGAAGGAAGCCAAGAGCCUAUAGUAGCGAUCCUGGGGAAAAUUUAAGCAGCUGUGGCCAUGUAAUUUAAAACCUCCAAAAAGUGUGCUGCGGUCUGUGCACAGCGUUAGUAUAACAUGAGGGCUGGAUAUAGCCCGUUCUCAUUCUCUGGAGGACUUCUUCGCCUGCUGCAGGAAAGAGAAGGCUGAAAGACAAACCUGGGUGCAGCCGGAAAGGUCCAGAUAGAUGAGCUUGUGGAAUCCAUUCCCCAAAUUCAGGGACUCCACCGUACCUCAGCUGGGCCUCAUUGUUCCUGAACUGCAUUAGUUAAGAUUACCCAAACGUGGAUUUCAAAGGAAUACUUUCAUUGUUCCAUCUGUCACACCAAGUAAUUGGGGCCAGCUGGAUGUCAGGAUGCGCGUGGUAACCAUCUUAAUCCUGCUCUUCUUUUGUAAAGCCGCUGAGCGCAAAGGAAGCCCUGGGGGUGCGAGAAACCGAGUGAAUCACAGCGGGGCUGGUGGGAGCCGGAAGGGCUCCAGCCUGGUCAAACGCUACGCUCCAGGCCUCCCCUGUGAAGUGUACACAUAUCUUCACGAGAAGUACUUAGAUUGUCAAGAGAGAAAACUAGUUUAUGUGCUGCCCGGCUGGCCUCAGGAUUUACUGCACAUGCUAUUAGCAAGAAACAAAAUCCGCGUACUGAAGAACAGCAUGUUUUCUAAGUUUAAAAAGCUGAAAAGCUUGGAUUUACAGCAGAAUGAGAUCUCCAAAAUUGAGAGUGAGGCUUUCUUUGGUUUAAAUAAACUUACCACUCUCUUACUGCAGCACAACCAGAUCAAAGUCUUGACAGAGGAAGUGUUCAUUUACACACCUCUCCUGAGCUACCUGCGUCUCUAUGACAAUCCCUGGCAUUGUACUUGUGAGAUGGAAACGCUUAUUUCAAUGUUGCAGAUUCCAAGGAACCGGAAUUUGGGGAACUAUGCCAAGUGUGAAAGCCCACAAGGACUAAAAAAUAAAAAACUGAGGCAGAUAAAAUCUGAACAGUUGUGUAAUGAAGAAGAAAAGGAACAUUUGGAUCCAAAACCCCAAGUGUCAGGGAAACGCCCAGUCAUCAAGCCUGAGGUGGACUCUUCUCUUUGCCACAACUACGUGUUUCCCAUACGAACACUGGACUGCAAAAGAAAAGAGUUGAAGAAAGUUCCAAACAACAUCCCUCCAGACAUUGUUAAACUUGACUUGUCACACAACAAAAUCAACCAGCUUCGACCUAAGGAGUUUGAAGAUGCUCAUGAGCUAAAGAAAUUAAACCUCAGCAGCAACGGCAUUCAAUUCAUAGAUCCCGCUGCUUUUUUAGGACUCACACAUUUAGAAGAGUUAGAUUUAUCAAACAACAGUCUGCAAAACUUUGACUAUGGAGUAUUAGAAGACUUGUAUUUUUUGAAACUCUUGUGGCUCAGAGAUAACCCUUGGAGAUGUGACUACAACAUCCACUACCUCUACUACUGGUUAAUGCAUCACUACAACGUGCACUAUAAUGGCCUGGAGUGCAAAAUGCCCGAAGAAUACAAAGGGUGGUUUGUGGGAAAAUAUGUUCGGAGUUACUAUGAAGAAUGCCCCAAAGACAAAUUACCAGCAUACCCUGAAACAUUUGACCAGGAUACAGAAGAUGACGAAUGGGAAAAAAUACAUAAGGAUCACACAGCAAAGAAACAAAGUGUAAGAAUCACUAUUGUGGGAUAACUUAGAAAUUGUUCUGGUUGCAGCUAAUUUUGUAUUUGCUAAACUGGUGUUGGAAAACCACAUGUUUAGAUUUUGAUUAACUGUUUUACCUGUUUAGGCGAGGUUACCCAGCUAAAGGAAGGUUCCCUUAAUUAUUAUUAUUGUUGUCACAGUAUAGUAAUCAAGGGAAUACUCUCAUGCUGCUUGCCUGCCUGUUUGCAGAACAGCUUUUGAUGGUGACUCCACACUGGUAACCUGCAGGAGUUGGGUCCUAAUGAUGGCGUUAGGAGGUCAUAAUGUUCUGUAUAAAUGUUUUUAUUGCUUUUUGAAAAUUAAAAAAACCUGGUUCAUUUUUAUAUGCUUUUCAAGAGCUGCUUGCACAUACCUAAAGAUGAUCAAAAUGAAGAGAUACAAAUGCUUAGUAAUAAUAAAAUGUAAUUCUCUCCCCUCUGCCCCCCAACUUUUUUUUUUUCAGUAAGUCAGCUUGUGCAUUGAAUAAAUUUCCAUUUCUGA